UCCGGUUCCUGUAACAUAACUGGUGAUGAUUACGUGGCUGACUCCUGACAUUGCACCGUUUAAAAGAAUUGUGGUAAACGGGUAGGAUGAAGAGAACAUAUAAACAGACCAAGAUUGAAGCAGAGAAUAACAAGGUGCAGAAUGCUGAAUCUUUUGUAAAGAUUGAGACAGAUGACAGUAUAAACAGAGAAACUUGUGUAGCUGAAAUAGCACCAGGGGAGGUAAGCCACACUGAAGCGAUCGUAUAUGAGUCCUCUAUCAAAAUUGAGCCUGACAACAGUGGAGAGACCUCUGUAGCUGAUAAAGAACCAGGGGACGGAAGCCACAGCAAUUCUAUUGAUACUGAAUCUGCAGUAAAGAUUGAGACAGACAACAGUUCACAUAGAGAGACUGCUGUAGCCGAGCCUUCAGUCAGAUGUGUGACUCUCAUACUUCCUGAGAAUGCAAAUGUUGCCCUGGUUCCAAACAUCCCUGCAAAGAAACACAACAUAUGUGAAGUAUGUGGGAAGUGGUUUUCUAAAAGCAUAAAUCUUAAGCGACACAAACGAUUACACCACAGCAAAGUCCCUAAUACAACGUCAGACAAACACACCUGUACUGUUUGUGGGAAAGACUUUGACCGGAAAUAUUUACUACAGAAUCAUAUGCAUAAACACACUAGUCCAGAGCAAACUUUUACAUGUGCUAUCUGUGACAAGUCGUUCACUGAAAAGAGAGAUUUAAUUUCACACGUGAAAACACAUGGCGAUGAAAACGUUCAGAAAGGAAAGAGUUCAAAUUAUCAAAACAAAACAUGGGAGUUCAAAAGAAAACUGGAAAAGAAAACUAAAAACACGAGAAGAAAGCGCUUUACAUGUGAUAUCUGUCUCAAGGACUUUCAUAGCAAACUUUACCUUCAAAACCACCAGAGUGUACAUUCAGAUGUGAGGAUGUACUCGUGUGUAUUCUGUGAUAAAACAUUUACGAUGCCAGACGGACUAAACCAGCACCUCCAGGUCCAUUCUAGUAACACACCUUUUCAGUGUUCGGACUGUGGUAAAUCAUUCAAGCGGCAGAGUCAUCUAAACACACAUGCCAAUAUACAUUCUGGACAAAAGACACAAAGAUGCGACAUCUGUGACGGGAUGUUUAGCGACUUGAGUGGCCUGUUGCGACAUCGAGUCGUCCACACGGGCGAGAAACCGUUCAAAUGUGACGUCUGCCGUAAAAGUUACGGUAGGAUGGGGACUCUACAGAGACACAUGAUCAUACACUCGGGAGAGAAACCGUUCAAGUGUGAAGUCUGCAGUAAGGGAUUCUCGGAUAAAAGUUGCCUGAACAGACACUUUAUGAUACAUACUGGAGAUGUCCCGUAUAAGUGUGGGCUGUGUACAAAAGCAUUUAUCCAUGCCUCUCACCUCAGCCGACACCUGAAAACACACAAUAAGGUCGAGCAUGCGUGUGAGCACUGUGAUAGAAAAUACACAAGUAAAGUAUGCCUAACAAAACACAUGAAAUCCCACGAAUGAUACAACUUGUUGUAAUAUAGUAGUAAUAAUAAAUAAAUGGGAUUUGUUGGUGUGUUUUUUAGAGCCGAGUUUUGGCUGCAAUUUUUCAAUGAAAUGUAAAUAUUUUUUCACUUUUUAUGGAAAAUUUCUUUAAUUAGAAAGAAAAGUCUUGAUGGUGUUUAUGAUUUAAAUUUUUAUGCAAAACCUUUGAUGAUUAUAAGAUGUGUUAAAUUUGUUCUAGUCUAUGAAAUUUACACUUGAAACGUAAUGUUAUUGACAAUGACAGCCUUUUUAUGAAAUUUUCCAGAGGCAGAAAAAUUAUUAAAAUCAAGUAGGACCUCACUAUCAUAUAUAUUUUUGUUUCCUUAAAAAAAACCACCAUAUUUUUUGAUGUAGAGAUGGGCAUUAUCAAUGCAAAUACUUGUACUCAGUAUUAUAACUUGUACAUCUAGUCCAGUUAAAGUUUGAUAUUUAUGUAUAUAGUUAAUUUCUUUACAUUCUGUUAAUGUUUAUAUUUGGGAGGUCGAGUGGCACACUCACUUAUCACCAAGACAAUAGGGAUUUGAUUCCUGAUUUGGACAUGAAAAGGAGCAGGGUCAUGAUAAUUUGUAUACCCCCGUCGAAUGACAGGACAUAAUAUGUUAUGUACAAUAGUUGUUAUAUAUGUACUUUGCACUUCUAUGACCAAGUAUUAAACAAAGCGUAGAUGAAUCGAGUCAUUUCAGUACAUAUAUAACAACUAUUGUACAUAGGCUUACAACUUAUCUGAAUCAACAUCAAUUUGUGGACAACUCGUACACAUUUUACAUCUUUGUGUGCAUACCCUUCACUGGUCAUUUGGCUGAUGAAGGUGACAGAGUACAUACCAUACUAGUCAUCCAAACGUCACAAUGAAACACUAAUUGGUCAUGUAAAGAGAACAAUUCCUUAAUUACAGUACAGGCAGUUUCAAGGACAGGGCCAGUCUGAGAGGGCUUAAUGGGUAGAUAGAUCAAGAGAGAAAUUCCAACAUUUUAUCACAGUCCCAAAUACCCAGAUCAAGAUUGACAGACACUUUUAUGAAAUUAAAUGUUAGUUUUGCAUUAAUUCAUCAAGUUUUUUUGUCCAUUUAGGAAUUGAUAAUUUACUGUGUGAUGGUUAUUAUCAGACAUCAAUUUACAAUAACCGUUUCUUGUACUUAAUUUAAACGUGACUGUUUUCAGUUCAAAUUUGAACAGUUUCUAAAUGGAAACACCUUUUUAACAAAAUCUAUAGAGUAAUACUCUUCGUAAAAUCUUUUAAAUCUACUGGUAACUUUCUUCAGUGUCAGAGAGGAAAAUCCAUAUCCACUUUCCUUAACGAGACUGAAGAAAUGUAGGAGCCAGACAAUAUUCUGCAAGGAGUUUUAUGUCUCCUUAAGAUUUGAUUGGAUAAGUUAUGAUUUUUUACUUGGUCAACAGUUCAGAGUCCACUGUAUAUUUAACUUUUGUUUUAAAUUUCAAUAUUAUUGAAAAUAUCUAUAUUUCAAUUUUCCAUUAAUUUGUUGAAAAACUAACCAGACUUUAACAACAGGGCCCUAUAAGCUACUGCCUUUAGGAGGAGGUGUGGUACAUAUUGAGAUCAUAAUUAAUCUUAAGUAUGUAUAAUUGUUAUAUUUUUUGCACUUAAAUUCUGGAGUAUUUUUAAGUUUGGUUCAGUACCACUCUGUAUGUAUGUUUUUCAUUGGCAUUUCUAGGUCUGUUAUUCUAUUGUUUUAAAGAAAUAUUUUUGUUAUGAAAUUCGUUGAAAAAUAAAAUUUGUUUUCCUGGCAAAAUAUACACCAAGUAUGUGCUUUUAAGAAUCCCUGUUCCAUGAAGACAAAACUUUAGAGAGUUCCACUGUCAGGCAAAACAGUAGAGGGUUCCAUUGUCAGACGAAACAUUAGAGAGUUCCACUGUCAGAAAAAACAUUAAAGAGUUCCACUGUCGGACAAAACAAUAGAGAGUUCCGCAGUCAGACAAAAUGUUAGAGAAGAGAGUGCCACUACCAGACAAAACAGUAGAGUUCCACAGUCAGACAAAACAGUAGAGAGUUCCACUGUCAGACAAAACAGUAGAGAGUUCACCUGUCAGAAAAAAAACAUUAAAGAGUUCCACUGUCGGACAAAACAAUAGAGAGUUCUGCAGUCAGACAAAAUGUUAGAGAAGAGAGUGCCACUACCAGACAAAACAGUAGAGUUCCACAGUCAGACAAAACAGUAGAGAGUUCACCUGUCAGACAAAACAAUAGAUUCUAGAGAGUUCCACUUUCAGACAAACCAGUGGAGAGUUCCGCUGUCACACAAAACAUUAGAGAGUUCCACUGUCAGACAAAACGGUAAAGAGUUCCUCUGUCACACAAAACAUUAGAGAGUUCCACUGUCAGAUAAAACAGUAGAGAGUUCCACUGUCAGACAAAACUUAAGAGAGAUCCACUUUAGUAAUCACCCUUUAGUUUUGCUUUGGAUGUAACUGUUGUAAAACUGGGUUAGGGAAAUUCCGCUGACAAGGUAGCUCACUUGUUUGGAGCAUCUCUAUAAUGAUCUGAGGUCCAGGGUUCGAUUCCGAGUCUAGCUUCAUAGUAUUUUUGCUCUUGACCCACCGUGUUGAUUAUUAAUGGUCACUUAUUUCAUCUUUAUUAUUUUUCAUAACGUUCCUCAAGGUAUCGGUUUCUUUUCAGAUAUGAUAUAUCAACAUUGUUGUCAUGUCGGUAAAACAAAUCAAUUUCUAGCACUCUAAUGCUACAGGCAGUCAGAGGAAAACUAAAUUUAAUUUGAUUGACGACCGGAUGAAGGUAAUUGAAUAUUUCUUUAAAUUGGAAUUGUAUUAAAUCUAAUUGUUCACAAUACUUGUCUAUUUUAGCAAGAGCAAGUGCUCUGGGUUACACUUUAAAUAUAUUACCAGACUGAAAGGGAGGUAAUUCUUGUAUCAAUUUUGUAACUUGUUACGAUCGGACAGGUCUGUGUGAGUAUUGUCGGCCUUCCUGUUCCCCCUAGUCAUGCAGACUGCAGCUUCUACGUCCUCUCUGAGAUGCAGGAUCCCAAUCUAACUGACCACCCAAAUUUUCUAAUACCAGACUUAAAUAUUUUGACAUAUAGAUAUCUGGUGUGGGCCC